AUGGUGAGACCACCAUGUUGUGAUAAAGAAGGUGUGAAGAAAGGUCCUUGGACUCCUGAAGAAGACAUCAUUUUGGUUUCUUAUGUUCAAGAACAUGGUCCUGGAAAUUGGAAAGCUGUUCCUACUAAUACUGGUUUGUUAAGAUGUAGCAAGAGUUGCAGACUUAGAUGGACAAAUUAUCUAAGGCCAGGGAUCAAAAGGGGUAAUUUCAGUGAUCAAGAAGAGAAAAUGAUUAUCCAUCUUCAAGCUCUUUUAGGAAACAGAUGGGCUGCAAUAGCUGCAUACCUUCCACAAAGAACAGACAAUGACAUAAAAAAUUAUUGGAACACUUAUUUGAAGAAAAAGCUCAAGAAAUUAGAAACAAGUACUUCUUCUGAAUCAUGUUUAGGACAUGAUGAUUUCUCAGUUUCUCAACCAAUUGCUAGAGGACAAUGGGAAAGAAGACUUCAAACCAACAUUCACAUGGCAAAAAAAGCACUUAGUGAAGCUCUUUCACCAGAAAAAAGCACUUCUACCAACUUAUUUUCACCUCUUGAAUCUAGCUUUUCUAAUGAAGCUUCUUUUUGUUCAACAAAACCAACACAAACACAAACACAAUCUUUGUGUUAUGCUUCAAGUGCCGACAACAUAGCUAGGUUGUUGAAAGGUUGGAUGAAAAAUAAGCCAAAAGGGUCAAAUGGUAAUAACACAAAAGUAAUGCAAAAUUAUGAAACAAGUGUUUCUAGUGAAGGGAUUGAAAAAGGGUCAUCAACAAUUUCUGAAAACUUUGAGUCUUUGUUUGGUUAUGAGGAUUUUGAUUCUUCAAAUUCAGAUUCUACUACACUUUUUCAAGAUGAGAGCAAACCUCAAAUUGGUGUUGGUGAAAUUAUGCCAUUCUCUUUGCUUGAGAAAUGGCUUCUAGAUGAUGGUGGUUGUCAAGAGAAAGUUAAUCUUAGUGAAAUUAAUUGCAUGUUUUGA